AUGGACUUCAACCACCUCAUGGUCCCAUGUCUUGCGAAAGCUUUUUCUGGUGCUUCUGCACUUACUAGUCAGGGUCGCCACUCAGCUGUUUUGCCCGGUGCUCCCCUCCUCUGGCCACGAUCACAGGUUGGACCGAGAGGAUCGACAAUUUCCUCAGCGAUGGUUGAUUACCAAAUGACAAUGCCACACUCAGGACGGGUUCUUGAGCGCGCUGCUACGAUCGGGGAAAUGGAAAGGCCCCUUACUGUCAGGGGAAAGGAAUGGGGAUCCAGGGGACCCGUUAGUACAGCGACCACCAAACUCCAAAGAGAGCUCAGAGGGCUAGAAACCGCGAUGAGAUCAGGAGCCGAAGGUGUCGCAUCGAUUGUUGUGUUAUCCCCCGGCGGAACAAACCUUCUGUACAAGCUAGGAACCGACGACGGCGUUUAG